ACCACUAAUGUUUUGGGUCCAAUUUUCACUCUUCAGAAACUGUAUCCUUUUCUGCUUAUGAAGAGGACUCGCCAACUCUUUUUCAUAUCAAGUUGCGCAGGAUCUAUUGGUAAUUUUUUUCCUAUUUCUGUAUCCGCAUAUGGUCAGUCUAAGGCGGCUUUAAAUUACACCGUAAAGGAGCUCAGCUUUGAGUUAAUGCCAGAAGGUUUUACUGUUGUUGCCGCUCACCCUGGCCUUGUCUCAACUGAUAUGGGUCAAUAUGGUGUACAAAAAUUUGCAGAGAUGAAUAUUCAGUUAAGCGGUGUAGAGGUCAUCACACCCGAGCAAAGCGCUUCCGGGCUGGUUAAUGUUUUGGCUAGUAUUACUCCUUCAGAUAAUGGAAAGUUUCUCAAUUAUGAUGGAUCUGAAGCUGUUUUCUAG